CGCAUUAUUUAGUUUUUUUUUUAAUAAAUAAAAAGUAUAACGUCAAAAGUAUUUCAGAAACAUUUUUUUUGCAUCAUUAUAUAAUAUUGAAACCGAAGCAUGAUCAAAAUUUUAAUCGUACUUGUUGCUUUUAUAAGCUCUUACCAAAGCUGUAGCGGUGAACAAAGCGGACACGUAAACUUUUGGUAUACUUGCGAUUUUCAAAUGGAAUCCGAUAUGAAUGCUAUGAGUGAAGAAUGCCGUAAAAUAUAUAGCCAAAAAGCGAGCAAGAGCGAUGUCUACGAACUCUAUAAAACCGAAGCGGAAAUGUUUUAUAAAUUCCGAAAUAAAUUGGUGGAAUGCGAAAGUAAUGGCAAAAUUUGCGCUCUAAGCGAUAAUCAAAAUGAACUGGAAAUGCCCUUGCUAAUCGGUUAUGAUAUCAACAAACGUAUGCGUUUAUAUAAAGAAGCUGAAAUGAAUCAGUGUUACGUAGAGACCACCAAUAAUAUUGAAUUUAUAAAAUGUAUUAUUGAAACUCGCAGGAAAUUACUGGCCGCACUAAAUCAAAAUUGUUCAAGCAUUCAUCAUGAAUUAUACGUUCUAAUGAAUUUGCCUAAAUUGACACGAAGGCGGAUCUCGAUGGUACGGUCUUCUUGCGAUACUUCCAGAUUCUCCAAAUAUGUUUACCAACCUCAUAAUGAUUCAUCUGCUCGGGGGAGUGCCGCCAAAAUCGCAUCUGAAUUCCUUUUGGAUGGAAAUGACGGACUGCAAAGCAUGGUAACGCUGUACUAACGAAACUCUCUUUUUGGUAUCCCAAGCAUUCAUUUUUAAAAAAUGUAAAUAAUAAUCAGUCAAAUAAAUAACAAAAAGGAUUCGUGAGCCACCCUGUUAUUCUCCUCUGCUGUCAACUGUCAAAAUUUUAACCGAAUCGAACUGGUUUGGGUUUGACCACGCAUGAAAUCAGACGUGACUUGACUGGGAAUUCAUGAAAAAAGAGAGGAAAUCAGUCAGCGAUCCGAUUGUUGUUUAAAAAAAAACCCAGUCAUGACUUAUCCGUCAAUGGUGACCGUCAAAAAUUGAUUUAACGAGUUUCAUCGUGGCCGCACUCGAUGUUUGAUGAGCAGACGUUGUAUUGGCAGAUGGUCGAUGGAAUGUGAGCGACAUAAUUGAUAUCGUAAGCACCGCAAAGAACAGUAUGGGUCAUAUCUUGCACGAAAUACGGGCACUCGGGGCGAUGGGUGCCGUGUUUUCUCACUCCCGACAACAAAUACAACCGUGACACCACUUCCAAGCAUUGUUUGACACUGUUUAAGCGAAAUUCGAAGGAUUCUCUGCGUCGUUUGUGACUUUUGACGAAACAGGGAUCGAAACAGUGGUAAAAAUUCUAAAAAUUAGAUUCCCAAAUUUACAUAAAAUUCUAAGCUAAAUAAAUUUGUUAAAAUUAAA